AACUCCCGAGAAGAGGAAGUAGAAGAAGAAGAGAAGAGAAGGAGGUGGAGGUGGAGCAGAGGAGGAGCAGGAGGAGCAGGAGCAACUGUUUACAACUGAAUUCAGCUUCAUAAUUAAUUUGGUGUGAUGCGGGUUCCUCUGAGGUGGGUGCUGUGGGACGUGAAGGACACGCUGCUGAAGGUGCGCUCGUCUGUAGGAGAGCAGUACUGCAAGGAGGCUGAACGAAUGGGCUUGAGCCUCAGUCCUGUGGAGGUGGACGCUGCUUUCCGUCAGGCAUAUCGACGGUAUUCCAGCCGAUACCCAAACUAUGGCAUCACACAGGGUCUGGAUGGACAGUCUUGGUGGAUGGGGGUAGUGCGGGACACUUUCUCCCAGUGCAGGGUGCAAGACCCAACCCUGCUAAACACGUUGGCUCAAAACCUUUAUCAUAAUUUUUGCAACGCAGAGAACUGGGAGGUAUUUCCAGACUCGAGGAAGGCUCUGGAGAGUUGCUCUUCCCUCGGACUGAAGCUUGGUGUGGUGUCCAACUUUGACUGCCGCUUAGAAGCGAUUCUACGUGUUUGUGGUCUGCGGUCUUACUUCAGCUUCUUGAUAACGUCUGAGGAAGCAGGUGUAGCAAAGCCCAAUCCAGUCAUCUUUGAUCAGGCCCUGCAGAAAUGUGGCGCAGCGCCUGCAGGUGUAGCUCAUGUUGGGGAUCAUUAUGUGAAUGAUUACCUCUGCUCUCGCUCUGUGGGGAUCCACGGGAUCCUAUUAGACAGACACAACAAGCAAAACCAACCCGACGUUCCCAGAGAGCAUCGGCUCGGCUCCCUGGAGGAGCUGCUGUCAUGUCUUCAGCAGCACGUGGAUUAAUGCCAAACAAUCAUGUGCUCAAGUGCAAAGCUACUCAGACGAACUGUGGUUCAGUUAGGGAACUCAUUGAAGGAUUGUAGCCGUGUGUAGCACUUCACUGCUCCUCUUUAACUGAUGAAACUCGAACAAAUGUUCAGAGUCAAAUACUGGAUAAUAUAUAAACUCUGUAAUUAUCAUACAUUUCUAUUGUAAAUAAAUUGAGAGCCAUUAAUAUUGUUUUUUUGGACAUUUUUUAUAGUGCUGUCAUAUGACUACAAAAUUUGUGAUGUUUAGAAAAACUGUGUGUUUUAAAAAAACAUCCUUAGUGCUGAGACUAAAUAAAACAUUAACAAA